GUCGAAAACAUCGGUUAUAUUCGAUACAGAAUAGCAAACAUCGAUGUUUUUUUUUGCAUCGCUGGAAAGAUGGCAAGCUUGAGCAGGGUCGAUGGUAACAACAAAUUGUGUUGUUACGCGCAUCCAGACGCACCACUAAUUGAGGACUAUCGGGCUGGAGACAUGAUAUGUUCGGAUUGUGGGCUUGUAGUUGGUGACCGCGUCAUUGAUGUGGGAUCUGAAUGGCGUACAUUUAGUAAUGAGAAAAGCGGAGUUGACCCCAGUCGCGUUGGUGGGGCGGAAAAUCCAUUGCUGGGUGGCAGCGAUUUAUCUACUAUAAUUGGACCUGGGACCGGGUCCGCUUCUUACGAUUCUUUUGGCGCACCAAAAUAUCAAAAUAGGCGCACAAUGAGCAGUUCCGACAGGUCAUUGAUUUCAGCUUUUAAAGAAAUCUCAACGAUGGCUGAUCGAAUAAAUCUCCCAAAAACCAUAGUGGAUCGUGCGAAUAACCUUUUCAAACAGGUAUGUUAUGAAUAUGUAUGUACCAAUACACCCCGCGGGUACUGUUUAUGAAUUUGUACAACGAUUUUGGA